AUGAGUCAGCACACCAUGCCCCAGCCCGGAGCGUGGCCGGGCGCCAGUGGCGCUGAAACGCCGGCGCGGGAGGCGGGGGCCGCGGCGCGGGAGGGCAGGAAGGCGGCGGCCGGCGGGCUGCCGCGGCCCGGGAUGCAGUGCCCCGCCGAGCAAUCUGUGGGCCUCAGCCUGGUCAGCCAGGGGCUUCUUGCAGGCCUUAUCUGCCUUCAGCUUGUGGAUGUGCUCCAUGAGAAUCUGCUUGUUUUUGAACACAUUCCCCUUCACCUUCAGUUCUUCCCUUUAGGAGAACCCAGGUUAAGUGUGGCUCCUGAAAUGGAUAUUAUGGACUACUGCAAAAAAGAAUGGAGGGGAAAUACGCAAAAAGCAACAUGUAUGAAAAAGGGCUAUGAGGAGGUUUCUCAGAGAUUCACCUCCAUAAGGCGAGUCCGUGGUGAUAAUUACUGUGCACUGAGGGCCACACUGUUCCAGGCCAUGAGCCAGGCAGCGGAGCUGCCCCACUGGCUGCAGGACCCGGAGCUCAUGCUGUUACCAGAAAAACUCAUAAGCAAAUACAGCUGGAUCAAGCAAUGGAAACUUGGACAGAAAUUUGUUGGGAACAGUGAGGACCUUGUUGAUAUAAUUACGGAGUCCCUCACUCUGCUAAGGAAGAAGUGGGCAGGCUUGGCUGAAAUGAGAACUGCCGAAGCAAGGCAGAUAGCUUGUGAUGAACUGUUCACAAAUGAAGAAGAGGAAUAUAGCCUCUAUGAAGCUGUAAAAUUUCUAAUGCUAAACAGAGCCAUUGAACUGUAUGAUGAUAAAGAGAAAGGAAAGGAAGUACCAUUUUUCUCUGUGCUCCUGUUUGCUCGGGACACAUCGAAUGACCCUGGACAGCUGUUGAGGAACCACCUAAACCAAGUGGGACAUACUGGUGGCCUUGAACAGGUUGAAAUGUUCCUCCUUGCCUACGCGGUGCGCCACACCAUCCAGGUGUACCGGCUCUCCAAGUACAACACCGAAGAGUUUGUUACAGUUUACCCCACCGACCCACCCAGGGACUGGCCAGUGGUCACCCUCAUCGCCGAGGAUGAUCGGCACUAUAACAUCCCCGUCAGAGUGUGUGAGGAGACGAGUCUGUGAGAGACACGCACCUGGACAGCCUGGCGACGUGACCAAGGUGCACAGGCAGCUCCUGGGUUUGGGCCUCAGGCCUGUGGGUCUCCAGGAAUAAUCUGUGAGAACUCUUGGGCCCCUGGAAGCCAAGUGGGGCUGGGAUGUUCUGAAGACUGGCUUUUGAUAAUAAGAAUUAACCAAAUCUCUUCUGUCCGUGAUGCAAUAUGUUUCACUGGGGGCCUUCAGAGCACACCUCUUGGAAGGUGCAAACUGUAUCUUCUCCAUAAGACAAGUACUUUUGUAUCACAGGAGACUUAUCUUGGAGAGGAAUGUGUUCUUUAUAUCUCAGAUCAAAACUCUCUCUAAUGGCAAACUGGCUUUUACUUUUUUUAA